AUGUCAAUACAAGAAGAAUACCCCUUUAUUUUGAGACAAUAUCGCAAAAUCUUUAUUUCACAAAUAGACUAUGAUUUUAUAAUUACAGUACUUCGUGAACCUGCUAAUAUGAGUUUGGGAACUGCAAAAGAUCGAUACUGGAUUAAGAAUUCUUUUCAGUUGCAGGAACAACAAUACGAUUACAUUCCUCAAUCAUUUGUUAAGGAAUUUUGUGGUGCCUGUAAAACAUGUGCUACACAUCGAUUUUUUCCUAAUUCACUUGCUGCAAAACUGAUUAUAGCAUCAAGUUUUCUUUCUCGUAUGCAAGUUGAUUUAGUUGGAUUGACGUUCCAACCUGUUGGGGAAUACAAAUAUAUUUGUCACGUUCGUGACCACUUUACCAGGUUUUCCUGGGCCCGGAGCCUUACAAGUAAAAGUGCUUCUGAAGUGGCUGUAUUUCUUUAUGAUAUUUUUAUUGUAUUUGGGGCCCCAACUAUCUUGCAAUUGGAUAACGGCAAAGAGUUCACUGCAGAUUUAAUUGCAGAAUUGUUAUCUCUUUGGCCUGGAGUGCAUAUUAUUAAUGGACGUUCAAGACAUCCAGAAUCACAAGGAAUGGUUAAAAGGGCGAAUGGAAUUUUGCAAACCAAGCUUGGAAAAUGGAUGGAGGAUAAUAAAACUAAUAAUUGGACCGAAGGGUUACCAUUAAUUAUACAUGCGAUGAAUACACAAACAGUCCAUGCAACUGGAAAAUCACCAUAUUCACUUGUAUUUGGACAGGAUCCAAUUAAAAAUUUUUCAAUACUUGAAGAUUUGUAUCAACAGAAUGUUAUAAAUGAGGAAGAAUUACCUGCCGAUUUUUUUGAAAAAUCAGAUGAUAAUAAUCAGUUUGUAUUGGAUCAAUUUGAUUUUUUAACAUCAGAAUCAUCAGCUUUAAAUCAAGAAUCUUUAGCUUUAAAUCAACCUAAAUCGUCAGCUUUAAAUCAACCAGAAUCAUCAGUUCAUCCAAUUUUAGAUCGAUCUGGUUCGUUAUCUAAUCAAGAAUUUUCAGCUCCAAUAUUAAAUCAAGAAUUCUCAACUUCACACAAACCUGAAUCAGAUAAAUCUAG